UUAAAUAUAUUUAAUACAUUUUGGAUUCCCAAGUAAACCAGUCAAUUCAUUCACUCUAAAUGCUCUGUCAUGCAAGCUAACUUGCUAGUUAGCAUUGGACGAGGUGCCUGCAAUGUUGAGCUCACGACCCCAGACAGGGCUUUCUUUCCUGGCCCCAGAACCAGAGGAUCUUGAAGAUCUUUACAGCAGAUACAAGAAACUGCAGCAGGAGCUGGAGUUUUUGGAGGUGCAGGAGGAGUAUAUCAAAGAUGAACAGAAGAACUUAAAGAAGGAGUUCCUCCACGCCCAGGAGGAGGUGAAAAGGAUACAGAGUAUCCCACUAGUCAUUGGGCAGUUCCUGGAAGCUGUGGAUCAGAACACAGCCAUUGUUGGGUCCACCACAGGCUCUAACUACUAUGUGCGUAUCCUGAGCACCAUCGACAGAGAGCUGCUAAAGCCCAAUGCGUCGGUGGCCCUGCACAAGCACAGCAAUGCCCUAGUGGAUGUGCUGCCCCCAGAGGCUGACAGCAGCAUCAUGAUGCUCACAUCAGACCAAAAGCCAGAUGUGAUGUAUGCGGACAUUGGAGGGAUGGAUAUCCAAAAGCAGGAAGUGAGGGAAGCAGUGGAGCUGCCACUCACACACUUUGAGCUCUACAAACAGAUUGGUAUUGACCCACCUAGGGGGGUUCUGAUGUAUGGUCCCCCUGGCUGUGGAAAGACCAUGCUGGCCAAAGCUGUGGCUCAUCAUACUACAGCGGCAUUCAUCCGCGUGGUAGGCUCGGAGUUUGUGCAGAAGUAUCUGGGUGAGGGUCCUCGCAUGGUACGUGAUGUCUUCCGGCUGGCCAAGGAGAACGCCCCCGCCAUCAUCUUCAUUGAUGAAAUCGAUGCUAUCGCUACCAAGCGUUUUGAUGCACAGACUGGAGCCGACAGAGAGGUGCAGAGGAUUCUGCUGGAGCUUCUUAACCAAAUGGAUGGCUUUGACCAGACUGUCAAUGUCAAGGUGAUCAUGGCCACCAACAGGGCAGACACACUGGACCCAGCCCUCUUGCGUCCGGGCCGCCUGGACAGGAAGAUUGAGUUUCCCCUCCCCGACCGUCGGCAGAAACGCCUGGUCUUCUCCACCAUCACCAGCAAGAUGAACCUGUCUGAGGAGGUGGACCUGGAGGACUAUGUUGCUAGACCAGACAAGAUCUCAGGAGCCGACAUCAACUCUAUCUGCCAGGAGGCUGGAAUGCUGGCUGUCCGUGAGAAUAGGUACAUCGUCUUGGCCAAGGACUUUGAGAAGGCCUACAAAACUGUUAUUAAGAAGGACGAGCAGGAGCAUGAAUUCUACAAGUAGAAUGUACCCACCCCCUCCCUAAGAAAAGAAAAUACAUUCAUAUUAAAAUGUGUGGCUCUGUCAACUACAAUGUUCAUUUGUGGUUUCCAAGCCCCUGACUAACAUUGACCUUUGGAUUUUUUUCUUAAGGCCUAUUGUCAAAUCAUGGGCUGUGAUUCCAACCUUAAACACACAUGCACACAUGGUGAAGAUGUGUUUUUUAAUGGGCUCUCUGCAGGUUCUUAUGUUUUACUUGACCGUAGCUAUUAUUACAGCAGAGUUUGUAUCUGUACUGUACUCACUGAUAAAACAGUAGUCUAAAAAUAAAAACAUUUUCCACAAACAUGAAAAA